CCAUUUUCAAGGGUUUAAGCAUUUCAUCACAUGGUGGGAGGCGAACUACCGUCCAAAAUCAUUCAUGACGAUUUCAGGCCUAAACGGCUUUGCUUGUAGAUCGCAUUUCUCUCUCCGCCUUCCUAUCUUUCACUGUAUUCGCAAGCCUCGAUUCGGCUCCGUUGCAGCAAUUGAGACGCUAGAUGAGCCAGAGCGCAUCAUCGAUGAAAAGAGACACAAUUUAGGAGGAGAAGUGGGGAGAAAGUAUCAUAAGGUACCGGAGUGGAAGAAGUUGAAUUCCAAGGAACUUGGAAUUAGUACUUCCAUGAUAGCAAGGCCUACGAGAAAGGUUCUCAAUGGGCUCAGGCAAAGAGGAUAUGAGGUAUACCUUGUUGGAGGUUGUGUCCGGGAUCUUAUCUUAAAGCGAAUACCAAAGGACUUCGACGUAAUAACGUCAGCUGAACUUAAAGAGGUAGCGAGGGCAUUUUCGCGGUGUGAGAUAGUUGGCAAACGGUUCCCUAUAUGUCAUGUACAUGUUGAGGGUACUAUAGUAGAGGUUUCAAGUUUUAGUACCACUGGACGAAAGUUCAGUGGGGACUUGAGCUAUGAUGUCCAAAGUCCCAUUGACUGUGAUGAGAAGGAUUAUGUUCGUUGGAGGAAUUGUUUGCAAAGGGACUUCACCAUUAAUGGGUUGAUGUUUGAUCCAUAUGCAAAACUAGUGUAUGAUUACAUGGGAGGUCUAGAAGAUAUUAGAAAGGCUAAAGUGAAAACUAUGAUCCCUGCAAGCACUUCUUUCCAGGAUGACUGUGCUCGCAUUCUACGUGCAGUGAGAAUUGCUGCCCGUUUAGGAUUCCGCUUUUCAAGAGAAACAGCUCAUUUUGUUAAAAAUUUUGCUUGCACAAUUUUGAGACUUGAUAAGGGAAGGCUUUUGAUGGAAAUGAACUACAUGCUAGCAUAUGGUUCUGCUGAAGCUUCUUUGAGGUUAUUAUGGAAAUUUGGCCUUCUUGAAGUACUUCUGCCCAUUCAGGCAGCAUAUUUUGUUCAUCAUGGUUUUAGGAGACGUGACAAGAGAACCAAUAUGCUUUUGUCUCUGUUUUCAAACCUGGAUAAGCUUCUUGCACCUGACAGGCCAUGCCACAGCAGCUUAUGGGUUGGAAUCUUAGCAUUCCAUAAAGCAUUAUCUGACCAACCAAGGGAUCCUCUGGUGGUUGCUAUAUUUUGUCUUGCCGUGCACAAUGGUGGUGAUAUGUCAGAAGCACUAAACAUAGCAAGGAGGAUCAAUAGGCCGCAUGAUGUCCGCUUUGAUGAAUUGUCAGAACUUGGGGACAAGGAUACAGAGGCAUUGAGUGAUGAGGUUAUGGAUCUUGUAGUCUCUAUUAAACGGGUGCUAAGUAUGAUGACUGAUGAGUAUUAUGUCUCUCAAGCCAUGGCAGAGUAUCCUCAAGCUCCAUAUUCAGAUCUAGUAUUCAUUCCAUUGCCCUUGUAUUUAAAAGCGUGUAGGAUAUUCGAUUGUAUAAGACAGGGAACAGAGAAGGGAUUUGUCCCAAAACAAGGUAGCAAGAUAAAUUAUGAGAUGUUAGCUUUAGGAAGCAUGCAGGAAGUUCGCCAUACAUUUGCAAGGAUUGUCUUUGAUACCGUCUACCCUCUUAAUUUAACGUAAACCAGGAUGCGUAAUCUCGUAUUUUUAAGAGAAUCAUUAGAUUUUCCUUUUUCUUAUUUUAUUUUUUAUCAGUUCAUUCUGAUGGCUUGUCGAACUGUGAUGUACAAUAAAAUUAAGAAAAAAAAAAUUAAAAUCCUUAUAAAAUUACGGUUUGGUUUUCAGUUGAA